AUGCAAGAUAUUUCAUUGGACGACUCAAUAUGUAUAUUUGAAAAAGAUAACAGUGGUGAAGUUUUACAAACAUGGACAUAUCCAUCAGUUGAUGAAUCAUUAAGACAGGUCGCAUUGAACAGAACAGGUUUGACAAGUAACAGAGUCAAUCCAUUCACAUUCAGCAAAUUCAAAAAUACAUGGAUCUAUAUCUAUACUGUUUCAUUAUUAAAUCAUAAGGAUAAAGAUGCAUCAUAUACACCACCAGAGCCACUAAAACAUGUAGUUGCAUUCUCUAUCUGUAUAUUUAGAAAUAAUUUCAACCCAGAGAAAUAUGCAUCACUUUCACAGAUCAUGUCAAAUAUCUAUUUGAAGUUGGGAGAUCCUUCAAAGUUGUUGGAAUGUCAGCUGAGAGCGUGGAACAAAGGACAAUUCGAUGUAGGUGCAUUGGGAAAGUUUGUAGAUGCCGAGUUUGAUGUUAGAAGAUCAUAUCUAGCCACCAGCAUCAAAGAUAUCAUCAAGUUGUUCCAAGAGGAUAUAAUCUUGGUUUGGAAUGCAAUGUUGAUAAAGAAGCGUGUCGUCGUCUACUCGGAUAAAGUGUCGUCACUACUCAAAGUGAUCAGAGCGCUGCCACUGUUUGUCUUUCAUCGUCAGAACUGGUCGUUGCUUCGUCCAUUCGUAACGAUCGACGAACUUGAAAUCAAAGAUCUCACUGCCACCGGUGUCUAUUGUGCCGGUUUCAUUGAUUCCUCUAUAAAGUCACGUGAGGAUUUAUAUGAUAUUCUUAUUGAUGUAAAUUCCAAAGAGGUAACAGUUGCAUCACAUGCUAAGGAUCAAUUUGUUCUUGGAUCGUUCCACAAGGACAUUUUGAAGACAUUGAUAGAGUCUGCAGAUAAUGAGGAGAUCAACGAUCAAACAUUGAUCAAGUUACUUACACAAAAGAUAAAGGAUCUCUUGGGUAAAUUGGAAUCACUCAAGGUUGAAGUCGAUGGAAAGUCGAUCGUCACGCUCGAAUCAUUGCAAGAACGUAAAUUACCAGCCGGUAUGGAUAAGUUCUUAUUCAACGUUGCCACCGCCGAAGGAAUCAAUGAAAGAUAA